AUGUCUAUUUUCACCGCGCGGCGCAAAUUAGCGACAGUCCUAACCAAAACCCUCUCUUCUUCGUCGUCGUUUUCUACGCUCCCUUCUCGUUCUCGCUUCACCGUACCUUUGCUUGAAAAAGUUUCCUCGUUCAGAACCGGACUUGGCCCUUGUUACAUACCCACCCGACCCAAGACAUCCGGGUCGGGAUACUCUCCGUUGAACGAUCCUUCGCCGAAUUGGAGCAACCGUCCACCGAAGGAGACGAUUCUUCUUGAUGGGUGCGAUUACGAGCAUUGGCUCAUUGUAAUGGAGUUCACUGAUCCCAAACCUACAGAAGAUGAGAUGAUCAAUGCUUAUGUCAAAACCUUAACUUCCGUUGUCGGCAGCGAGGAAGAGGCAAAGAAGAAGAUUUACUCUGUUUCUACUUCGACUUACACUGGCUUUGGUGCUUUGAUCUCUGAAGAGCUCUCUUGCAAAGUCAAAGGAUUGCCUGGUGUUCUGUGGGUCCUACCAGAUUCUUAUCUUGAUGUACCCAACAAAGACUAUGGAGGUGACUUGUACAUUGAAGGAAAGGUGAUACCAAGACCACAGUAUAGGUUCACUGAACAGCGGCAGGGAAGAAAUCGGUCUAGGCCUAGGUACGAUAGGCGCCGUGAGACUAUGCAGGUGGAGAGAAGAGAUCCAUCGCAACAGAACUGGAACCAAAAUCAAGCUCCCGAGAGUUAGACUAAGCGCUGUGCUUAGUAAAGCCUAGUUAUUUACAUGAACAAGUUAUGCUUCUGUAAUGGAUUCUACUCAGCUUAUGAGUUGUUGUUACAUGUCCACCUUAAAACUCUCAUAGUGUCAGAGAAUUAUCAAUUAUCACAUUCAUGCUAAUUUAUAAAAGGAC